CACACUGGCUAUGCGCCAUACACAACAACCGCAGAGCAGCAGUAUCGACAAACGUUCACAUUACAUUUAGACGUAAUAACUAGUGUCAUUUCUCUUCAUAGAUUUAAUUUUAUUAGACCAUCCAAAUUUUAAAUUUUCUUCGUUUUUAGUUGUAUAAGUGUUAAGUGUAUUUGAUGUUAUAAUAAUAAUGUACAGUGCCGCAUUUUAAUACGCAUUCUGAAGUAAUUACGUAAUGGGAAUUAUGCUAGAGAAGUUUUUAGUAUUGCCCUGAAAUUCAACAUGGCCGCUGACACAGGAAUGGAUACUUGCCCUAGUCCGGAAAUCACGGACUCUAGAAAACGACCCUUGGACGGCGAUUCGGAAAAUGGGGACGUCAAGAGGUCACACUUUAGCUCGGGUCUGGUUAUUCUGGUGGAAGGCUUCGGUGGCGGCUAGUUACCGUCUGAAGAUAUUCGUAGGAUGCCGUGUAGAAACCGACACGAGCCGUGGAGCCGACGUACCACUUCAAGGUGCUGGUGCCGUCCAUGGUGGCCGGCGCCAUCAUCGGCAAGGGCGGCGAGACCAUCGCGCAGCUGCAGAAGGACACCGGCGCCAGGGUCAAGAUGUCCAAAUCCCAUGAUUUCUAUCCUGGUACAACAGAGCGUGCGUGCCUCAUAACUGGCUCAGUGGAGGGCAUCAUGGUGGUGCUAGACUUCAUCAUGGAGAAGAUCAAGGAGAAGCCCGAGCUGGUCAAACCUUACCCCGAGGGCGUGGACGCCAAGAUGCCUCAGGACAGAGAUAAGCAGGUGAAGAUCCUCGUGCCCAACUCGACGGCGGGCAUGAUCAUCGGCAAGGGCGGCAACUACAUCAAGCUGAUCAAGGAGCAGAGCGGCAGCUACGUGCAGAUCUCGCAGAAGGCCAAGGAGCUGUCGCUGCAGGAGCGGUGCAUCACCGUAGUGGGCGAGAAGGAGAACAACAAGAAGGCGUGCGUGAUGAUCCUGCAGAAGGUGGUGGACGACCCGCAGUCGGGCUCGUGCCCCAACGUGUCGUACGCGGACGUGGCGGGGCCCGUCGCCAACUACAACCCCACCGGCUCGCCCUACGCCGUGCCCACCGCUGAGGUGACAGAGGGUCACGCACUGGUCAGCGGCGGGUCCGUGGGCAGCGUGGGCGGUGUGGGAGGCGUGGGCGGCGUGGGCGGCAUGCUCAUGAACGGCUCCGGGCUGGGCGCGCUGUCGCUGUCGCUCUCGCUGGCUCCGCCGGGCACGCCGCCGCCGUCGCCGCUCACUCAGCACACGCUCGACCACAUUAAGGUGGCACUGCGCCAGGCGGGCUACUCGGAGGGCGGCAUCUCCGAGAUCGGCGCGGCGCUGUCGCUGCUGGUGAAGCACGGCGUGCUGGGGCUGGCGCUGCCGGCCGCGCUGCCCGCGCCGCUGUCGGCCGCCUACUUCCCGCUGUCGCAGGACUCGCCCGCGGUCUUCGGCCCGCUGGCGCAGGUCCAGCUCGGCGGCGCGCGCGGCGGGGCGUGCGGCUUAGAGCGUUUCGCGGAGGUUGCAUUCGAGGCGCUUCGCCCCCCAGCCGUGGCGCCCAUCUCGCUGUCGGGCGGCGCCGUGCCCGCCUUCCCCUCCGCGUCGCUGAUGCCGCUGUCCAAGAGCCCCACGCCGGCCGACGCGGGCGCCAAGGACUCCAAGAACGUGGAGAUCCCCGAGGUCAUCGUCGGGGCCAUACUCGGCCCCGGCGGACGCAGCCUCGUGGAGAUCCAGCAGAUGUCGGGCGCCAACAUCCAGAUCUCCAAGAAGGGCACGUUCGCGCCCGGCACGCGCAACCGCAUCGUGACCAUCAGCGGCACGCCCACCGCCAUCAGCAAUGCGCACUACCUCAUCGAGCAGAAGAUCCAGGAGGAGGAGCUGAAGCGCACGCGCCACAACGCCAUCUCCGGCCUCAUGCAGUAGCGCGGCUCUAGUCACCGCGCGCCGCGCGCCCGCCGCACGCGAGUUACCUGACACUAGUUAAGGUUCACGUCUAUUUACAAGGUUAUUGAACUACAUAGAUUUAUGUACUGUAAGUUUGCGCACGUGCGCAUAUGUACGCAUACGUACGCAUUAUUGUUAGCGUCGUUCGGUUCGCCUGGCGGACCUGUCGUCGUGAGUGACGGUUUAAAUACGAUUGUGAUAACUCCUGUCACGGAUAUUCCUAUUCCAUACACAUUAUUUUUUUAUAUUAUUAUCGUUCACCGAAUAUUAUUAUUUUUUUUUAUUUACGAAUGUUGAUUUCAUUGUAAAUGUUACCAUUGAUAAGUUAUUUUUGUUAGCGUAUUACGACAUACUUAGAGUUAAAUUUUGAUUUGAGUAAUUUAUGAUUAUAAUUAUUCAGAGUCGGCACCGCGCGUCGCCAGGCCGACUCGCUGUAAUGUGUUAACCAAAGUCGGUCGAUGAAAUAAUUAUUUUAUUUUACUUUAUUCUUUUGACGUUGUAAAUUGACAUAGAGUGCAAUGGACUAUAUGAUUUUAUUUUUAUUCUUUUGUCGUUGUAAAUUUUCAUAGAGUGCGAUGGACUAUAUUUUAUUUUGUUCUGUUGUCGUUAUAAAUUGACAUGGAUUAAAUUUUAUUUUAUUAUUUUGGCGUUGUAAAUCGUCACAGAGUGCAAUGCAAUAAUAAACGCGUUAUGUUUAGUUACGUUUGGAACGUCGCGUCGCGUCUCGCGGCAAAAGAUCUUUAUUUUUUUAUACGUUUGUAAUAUUUUGUUAUCGUAUCGCGUCGGGGCGUUUCGUGAUCGAUUCUGUUCUUCGUCGGUCUAAAUAUUUGUCUUUAAACUGUAAGUACAAUUUUAAUAAUAAAGAAAAAUGCAUGUCCAUAAUAGUAGAGAGUUAUAUAUUUUAAAGGUUUUAAAUGCAGAUUUCUAUGUAUUAUUCGAGAUGACAAUAUUGAAUAUUCUUAUUUACAGUUACGAUCUAAUUAAAUCGAUAGUUUAUUUUUGAGCGCCGUCGCGUAGGGGGCGACCGCUCUUCUGCGUAGCGACGGACGGGGUCGGUCGGGGGUGUGCCCUGCGCCCGCUACUGUACGCGUGCUAUACUCACUGGUAUCAGUGAAAUAAUGUGUCAGCACACGCUUACUGAAGACAUUACACUGCACCGAAAGCGAGGGCACACCUGUCGAUCGGUACCUUUGUAAUAAACAUAAUAAUAAUAAGCUGUGAUUGUUUUUUUCGACUUUUUCAAGGUACUUGGGUCAGUUGCAGUAGUUUUAGUUGUUCGCUUACCUCAGAAGUGCCAUCUGUAGAUAGACGUAGUGGCGACUUCGGCACCCGCAGCGGUGCAGCACGAGCGGUCUCGGGUUUGACGCCGACGUUCGCUUAGGUUACUUCGUAGUGUCCGUUAGAUAGAUUCGUUUACACGCGAUUUAAGAGGGUCUGAUGUGGGGGGGGGGAGUUUACUCCCCUCGAGGAGGGUAGAUUGGAGGAGGGUAUCGUGUUGGGCGUUUUUCGAAGUUGUUUUUCAACAGCCGUUUGUGUAAGUUUGGAUUCAGGUGGUUUGUUGUGCAGUUGAAUGGGGCUGUCGGGUUUCGAGUCUACUUGUAACUGCCUUUUCACCAAAUGCGUCAGUCGAAGUAUCCUCCGUUGAUUUUUAUCGGUUCAAACAAACGUGUACAAAAAAAAAAAUAGUGCUUGUACACUAUUACUACCGACAUUGUCCGAAAACGCCCGCCGUAGUAGUGUACUCACUGUUUUACUUACAUAUGCUAUAUACUGUCGUUGACGGAUUUGGUGUAACCGCAGCUUUACGGGCAAACUUUAUUUUGUCGACGACAGUCCUCUGUCUCUGCCGUAAAUAUCAAUGGGCACGUAAAAAUAUUUCUUGUCACGUUACAAGUACGCUCGCAGACGACAAGCCUUACAUCCAACAUGGCGUGGUUUACUUAUUGGUAAAGAAGUACAAACGAAUAGUAACUUACAAUAUAUAUAUAUGAUAUGAAUCGGCUUAAAAACUAAUUUGUAGUGUUAUAAGAUAAGGAAUUGAGUGACGGUUCUCAGCUGACAUGUGGGCACGGGGUCUCCCCCACCAUUCGGGGCUAGAUUGUCGGUUUGUGGAAUUGCAUCGUUUACGGGUAUCGGUAUACUAUAACGGCAUGGCAAAAUGAACUUAAUGUUAUAUGAUUUAAAGUACGAAAUGUAGAGCUAACGUCUCUUGCGAGCUCUACGUGUAAUGUGGGUAGAACUGAAUGAUAGAGCUUUACGUAUUAAUCUGGGUGUUAUAGAGUCCCGAUAGCCGAAAACCGUCGACAUUUAAAUCUCGUUCUGUUAGUGUUUGGGGGAGACUCGAGCACGCGUCGCGUUCACUUUGACUCGUCAUUUUUACUCGUCGAAGUCAGUCGAACGUUCGCGUCCAGCGGUCGUCAUGUCAGGAGGCGCGUCAGUCUCGCUCGUGGAGGUGGCUCCCAAAGACUCGUUCGUGACGCCAUGACCUCGUACUUUCGUGAAUACAAAAUAUAAACAUAAUAUUAAAAUAAUUAAUUAUUAUUAUAUUAUUAUUAAAUAAAUAAAUAAAUGAAAUAUUGUUGUAAGUGUACCAACUGUCCAACGACGUCUCGGUAUAAUGUUGUGGUUGUUAUGGUGUACUAUUAUACGUGUGUUAUGUAGGUAACAUUGCAUCGUAGUUUCAUUGGAGUAGCUAGUUGUAGUGUAUAUUCAAUCUUUAAAAUGUAUUAUUAGGUAACGCUGUUCGAACUCUCUGGUGUUUUUUCCACUUUCUCAUCUCGUAUUGUAUAUUACCAAUUAUUGGGGGGUAGGUACAGAUAUCGCCUUGUGUCAAUUAAACAAAGGGUUACCACGUUCGCGACUACAUUGGCAGCAUUCGAGUGCGCCGCUGCACGGCUGCACACUCCCUGCGGUGGUGGCUAGCGAGUAUCGAAACAAUAACGAAAAAACUUACGACAACCAUUAUUCUUGAGCAUUUUUUAAAUAUUGAGUAAUUGAGAGUAAUUUAAUCAGAGUACGUCGUAACCUAUUAAAUAUUAUUCCUUUUUUCGCACGUCCUUUUGUACAUUCUUUUUUUCACUUAUCUCAGUCAUAAAUUUCAGUUGUAGGCUGUAAUUCUUUGAUUUGAUCUUUGAGUUAAUGUUACUCUGAUGUUAAUAGUUUCGAUACUCGAAAAUCACCAGCGUUUGCAUAUUGUGCGACCUCGUACUGAUGGUACAGGGGAGGGGAGGGGGGAGUCUGCGCGUCUGCAGCGGGAGGGAGGCUCCGCGAUCUUGUAAUAGUUGCACGCCAUCGUUUGACGAAUAGGAUUUAAUUCACUUUUUACAAGCACCGAUAAAAUCUGAGUUUUUUGUAAACAAGUUCUCAAUUAAUGUCAAUUAUACACGGAAUCUCCCAUGCAUUCGCAUAUUUAAGAAUCGCGAGCGUGCAACCCGCGGAGCGUGUGGCGUGAGGGUCUGCGGAAACCAAGGGCGCGUUUGGCUGAUAGGUUAUGUCAAGAAAAGUGGAGACAGAAAUGUGAGGAGAAAUGGCACUGCCAUCUUACCGAUUGGUGAUCAAAAAUAAUGAUGCAAAUUUUUUGGGCUUUGUCAGAUUGUUCCGAUAAAAUUCUAGCAAUUAGUGAGAUUAACAUCAAAGGUUAAUUCUUGGAAUGUGAAAUAAACACAUUGUGUGUUAGGUGGUGAUCCAUGUGGUGUGUAUUGCAUUUACUGCACACCAUGAUCGAGAAAUGCGCAUUACCCUAGAUUGUUUAAAAAGCAUCCAAUGCAACAACUGCUAACUCACUCUAAGUGUGUUUUACUUGAGUAAAAAAUUAUAAACUUAAAUAAUCAGAAAUGGGAAAGGUGCAAUCAGUUAUUUCGUUUGAAUAAAAACUUCGUCAUAUCUCAACGCCUGUUGAAGCCCCUGGCUAAACUAUCGGCAACUCGAUCGUCUUUAGUUUCCGCGGCCCGAGGCCUCCCGACGCGUAUUGCCUGUGAAGUCGAUUUUACAAGCUCAAUUUUAUUGAAGAAGAUAUUCUCGAUUAGUCAGUACGUGUAAGACAAUACGUCAAUUAUUCGGAAACCUAAAGUGAAACUGAGGCGGACUACGCGCACUGCAUUACGAUCUAUCGUUUCUUGUACUGAACAAUGGAUCUGUUGGCUUCAAAAAUGACUAAAUAUUGUUAUUACUAGGCGUAUCAUCCUUUUUUAGUCACAAUUUAACAAACUUAAAAGUGACAGUUGUGUUUAUUGCCUCAUUUUGUCUAAAAGUGCAAAAUGGUGUCUCUGUACAAAUAGCAUCGUUCAGUGUCAACCGAAACGACGUAUCGUAACGCAAUGAUUGCGUGUGCAUCCGCCAACGGUCCGGAGUCGCAUCAGCGGGGUAGGUUGUGAGCUUUUGAUCACAUUCGUUGCGCCAUUAAUUAAUAAAAUAGGUAAAUAGUUUGAAAAUUAUUAAACCACGUAGCUCUCUUUGAUAUUGCACAAGAGUUGUUGCGAAGUCUCGUCGGGCGUUGCGACCGAUCGCGACGACGAUCGCGACCGGUCGCAACGAUUGCCGCGCUGAGCGACCGACCGGGCUCCCGGGGUUCUCAAUACAACUAUGUUAUACUUAACACAUCCACAUUCGCUCCUUUACUCUCAUCUUCCUUCAUUGUUUGAUUUGUUCUUUACAAUGUUUCAUCUCUGUCUGCUUACUGUGCGCGCCUGUGUGGCCGAUACUUUGUAGGCGCGCGUAACGUGUGUUUGCCUAUAGCCAACAGCACGUAACUCAGUACAGGGUGCGACAGAGGAGCGGGCGGCGGGCGCAUUCAUUAUUAAUUCAUAGACAAGCGCGCGUGUUGCCGUUGUCUCUGUCGUCAUACGCACCCCUGUACCUCAAGGACUUGUCUGUGGUUUGUCUGUAACGUGAUCGAAGCGAUCGAUUAUAAAUUCAAAAAUCGUCCCGCGACCAAACUUAAUUUUUGAUUAGAGUAUUCUUUUGUAGUUGCCUAUUUAUAAUCCUUGAUUUUUACUCUGUAAGCCAUCUUAUUUUUUGUUUCAAUAGUGAAAUUAAUUUUAAGCGCUAAUCAUAAAUUUCAACAUGAAUUUAGAGUUUUAUGAAUUAAUGACUUAUAAUUUGGGUAAAAGGCGAUUUGUCUACUAUAUGUACAGGCGCAGUCGGCGCGCACAGUGGGCGGGAUCUAUUAGACAUUCCAUCUCAAGUUUCCCACAUCACUUACUUCUUCCCAAAUCGUGUUGUAAAUUAUCGAGUGUUUUACACAAUUUUAAGAUUGUUGAAUUAUAAUAGAUCUCUAGUCGUGUUAUUCUCUUAAAAGUACUAAACAAAUUAACGUAAAAAAAUAAAUAAUAAUAAAAAAAUGUAUGCGAUUUUACAGCAAAGCUGACUGCGGACAAUGUAAAGAACAUUUCGAAGGGUUGAAUCGUUUGAAACCUAGUUAGUUGAAAUUAAUUCAUAAUAUACAUCGUGUAUGUAUCAUAAACUAGAUAAUUUUAAUUAAAAAUAACUGGAAAAAAUGUUAACGUUGUUAUACUGAAGUUGUUACAAUAUUUGAGAGUAUAUCGUCGUGAAUAACAAAAAAAAAAAGUUCUUAGUGCGGUAACUUUAUCUGAAUUUUAAAUUUUAUCGCGUGAGAGAUAAUAAAUAGUGCAGAGUAGUGAUGGACACAACGAUUGGAGCUAUUCUUAGCUUGCGAAAUCCUAGUUAAACUUUACUCGUUAACUGUAAUUGGGAAAAUGUCACUAGUUUGACUUUUAAGGUAUCUCACUCCUCGGCAGCAAGAAUAAACCUAUUCAAUUGUAAAGCAAUAGACAUGAUGUAAUUAGACAAUUAGCACUAAAAACGCUAGGAAAUGAGGUUUCGCAGGCUAAUAGAAUAACGAAAAGUAGCAUUAUUUUCUCCAUCACUAGAGAAUAGUCCCGACAUCCCGCGUGACCGCACAGCACCGAGGACAAGAUUCUAGUACUGUCUUUGUGACGGCGGCACCGGCGGUGACGUCACGCAGGUAUUGUGACGAUGCGCCGAACGGUGACGUCACGGCGCGCCGCUAGGUGGUAGAGUGACGAGCUCGAUGUCGUAGGCUGUAAGGUAGCUAGUGAUCAUUGUUCGUAUCGUUCAGACGAGGGCGUGCGCGCCCCUUUACUUUAUUAGCUAAAUGUUGUUGACUUUGUUGAAGCUAGUGUAGGUAGGCGGUAGGUAGGUACAGCGCGACAACGGUCGACGGGCGGAACUUGGCUGUGCGUUCGGUCGACCCAACAUGGCGGCCGCCCCGCGCGCCUCGUAUCUGUAUAUAAUUGCACGACAUUAGUUUCAUUUGUUCUCCUUGCUCAUUGUCAUCAAUUUAUUAAGACUGAGGAAUCAACUCGCGCACACUGACAUCACUCGAACGCGUCCCGGUGGGGAGUAUUGUAAGAUAUCGUUUCGGUCAUCGGAGGCGGCGGGGGGGCGCCCUUUACACUUGUUGGGUGGAUUGUUAAACUAAUUGUAUUGAAUUGUACCUUGUUGUUGUAUAAGUGCACGCGACACCGACACCGGCAGCACUCGGUGCGUCUGUCGUGUCUGUCAUGUGUUGUACGUUUGUUGGUACUGGUGUACUCGCACACGUCCGGUGAGGGAAUAUGUUAUUAUUGUUUUUGUUAACUCGCUUCGGCGAGCGUUAUAUGUGCGAGAGAUAUAAUUGUACGAGUUAAAUGCUAUGUUUUGAAUUUCAAAGAUUCGCUAUGUUUUAGUCAAAAGUUUAUUUGUUUAGUUUACGUCGGAUGGUUUCCUGGUUUACUGUUUUGCGAUGUAACGAUGAGGCAAUACGAAGGUUACAAUGUCUUAGUGUUAAAGCUCGAAAACCAAUUAAAGGGUACCUUGAACAUUGUCUGUAAUAAUUAUAUUAACAUUAAAUAAAUGCGAAAUAAUUAAA